ACCAUUUGGCUGGCUCGGCCUCUGAUAUGCCCAAGCUCUCAUUUCCACAGGCGCAUUUGGAGGGCCAAAGGCCGAGUGAUCAACAUGAGACCCACGGCAAACCACCGUUGAAUUAUACCUCACCAUAAGCCAGGCCUCCCUGAAAUCAUACGUUCCUGGCAGUUUUUCAGGGUCUGACGGCUCUGAUUGGUGUUCUGGCCAGGUUCUAUUACAGAAUGAUCCAAGGUCGUCUAAGCCUCUUGCCAGUUCCCAUUUCACUAAAAAGGUUAUGACACUGCUGCGAUUGGGGGCCAGAUUAAGAUAUAAACCAGUCCUCACCUUUCUCAACUGAUUCCUUUCGUCCUCGGCUUCAAUCACCACAUAAUCUAUAAUGGCUUCUCGUUCAUCACUCCUCGCGCUGCUUGCAGCAGCUUUCCUGUGUCUGGGGUUGUGCGCUGCACAUAGCGACCCUACGCCGAGAGACUUACCCUCCGUAUCAUCUCCCUCUCUCAACGAGGCACUUGAAACAGUGCAGCUGUGGAAGCGCAAGGUACGGGACCAUGAUAGCACCAGGCGAUGCGCCUCUCGAAAAUCGAAGACCAUCCACAACAAGGGCGGCUACGGCAGCUACUACGCCUACGAGCAGGGCAGUAAAAAGAGCACCGCAGGUGGCACAACCCCCGAUGGCUCCGGCACAGCGCCCCGCUUCGAUAACAGCACCGGCACCUUCGUCACUCUCGCCGAUAACGCCGCCGCCAACAACAUCGCAACCGACCAGCAAAAGUACCUCAGCUACCUCGGCGGCGCCGCCGUGCCCUUCAAAUCCGGCAACAAGUCGCCCAACGGCGUCACAGCCAAAAAGCUCGACAACCUCGGCUUCAACACCGUCGACGAGAACGGCGUCAAGAACGGCGACUGCGCCGUCCCCAGCACUGCAUACGGAUACCAGUACGAAUCCAAGUACAGGCUUUCCACAGGAAAUGUCCCGGUCUACUGUCUUUGCGAUCCGUAUAGCCUGUGCGGCUGCGACGACCACCACGCCAAUUCCAGCUUUGUCCCGGCCAUGCUCUCGUAUGUUGGUAUGGGCGCUGAGGCGCAGAAUAUCUCCAAGGCUUGCACUAUCUCGCUUGAUGGCGCCACUACCAUUCUUGUUGAUGGCGGGUUGUCGAAUGGUUCGACCAAAGCUGACGCUGCUGCCCCGGCUGUUCGCACUCGCAAGAACACAUGCGGUACCCGCGCCUGGGGUACUGGGAAUACUGACGACGCUGACGAUACUGGCGCUGCGGCGACUCUGUCUGUGAGCAGCUGGCUUGUUAAAGCUGUUGUUUUUGGGGUGGCUUCGCUUAUCUGGUUAUGAGCUAGUCGAGUUAUAAUGGUUGUAUAGUACGGAUAAUUAUAAUGAAUAGAUUUCUCACGUUAAACAUCGGGUCCAAGGACACGUAGGGGUAUAGCGUCCAGAAUACAAGGAAUCCUCUAGAUGCAGAUGGGAGAGGGCAUACUAUAGGAUAAAGCCGUUCUCGUCGUAAACGUCCUAAUCAUGGUAUGCCGCCCUCACAUGCUCCCUUUCAAACCCACCCUGAUAUAGUC